AAGCGUUAGCAUCAUACGCUGACCACUCGUAUUCCCUCUACAUACGCCCUACAGCGUCCUUAAGAAAAAGCACUUGUCUUAUUCUUUUGCUGGACGCCUACGACGAUACAUUUUUAGCGACGAAACCAACGAAGAAUAGUCCAAGAAGGUAAUAAGUAAAGGAAGUGUAUCAGCAACCUAUACACUUCCAUAACGGUCAUCCUUGUGAAAAAGAGUGCAUAAAUACUUUUUCGACUGUGAAGUUCAUUAUUGUAUUCAUAUACAAUCGAACUGAACGAGAGUGCAUUGGUCGACUUGUUACUUCUGCAUUAUUCCGUUGUGUCGCUCGUGAAAAGAUGCUGCGUAUUAAUUUAAAAUAAAGUAUAAAUAUGAAUUAAAAUAAUUGACUAAAAAACAAUUUGAAGAACAGUGAUUAAUAGUUAUAAACGACAAUGGAAAUUGUACAUCAUUAUGCUAAAGUAGAAGAAUGUACAGAUGAAACUACAAUUUCUGAUGAUAACGUCAAAAUGGUUUUGACAGAAGCUGAAAUAAUAGAUAUGGAUGAUAAUAUAGAAAUUAAAUCAGAGGAUGAAAAUGUUCAGUAUCAAUUAUGUCAGAUAAAUAAAGAUGAAAGUGCUGUGGCUUAUCGUGUAGUACAAGUUAGCGAUAAUCAAUUGGAGAAUAGUGAAUUGUCUGUAGCAACUCCUGUAAAUAAUACCGUACAAGUUUUGACUUCUCCAUUAAAUGGUCAGUUAUAUCUGCUUAGUAAUGGAAAUGAAAUGCUUUCUUCAGACUCUACGAGAGAUAUAAUUCCUUGUGUUACCAAAGUAAAAAUAGAACCAUCAGAAAAUCUUGUUCUGGGUGCUAAAAAGAGAGACGAAAAGAGGAGAGCGACACAUAACGAAGUAGAGAAGCGUAGAAGAGACAAGAUCAACAAUUGGAUUUUUAAAUUAGGAGAACUUAUACCAGAAAGUAUAAAUGGAAAUGGUACUAAUGAAGGAGAUAUGAAAGUUAAUUCUGAAUUACAAAUACAAGGAAAUUAUGCUAGAUAUUUGGGAAAAAAUACGAAGUUGUCGGAGGGAAGACAAAACUCUCACACAUAUAGACAAGUGCAAUGCAAUUGAGAAAAGAAUAUUACCAUUUAAAAUCACAAUUAUCUAGUAAUACCAAUUAUAUAUUAGGCAAUUAAUUAUUUGUUAGAUUUUAUGAUAUUCGAUAUAUUAUCUUGUUUUCAAUGCUUACCAACGUGUUCUAUAUAUUUUUACAGUAAAUCGAAAGGACGUAAUUAAUUAAUAUAACUUAGCACAAUAAAACAUUACUGUAGUUAAUUAUAAAAUGUUUAUUUACAUGUAUUUAACUAAACAAUACUUGUAUCUGAUAAACGAUAUAAAUCGCAAUUAUAUAGUUAUAAAUUCAACUGUACAUAUAUACUAUAAACAAUAACUACAUAUAACGCGAACGAUAGAUUAAAAAAGUUGAAAAUUUAUUAUUAAAUCAUUAAAUCAGAUGUACAAAUAUACAAAAACAUUGCGCCAUAAUCAAUAAGUAACUUUUUUCAAAUGUUACAUAUGAUAUAUGUUUUUAACUUGAAAGUUAAUUUUUUUAUUGUUUUUAUUCUAAAAUGCAUUGAAGUUAACUGGUAGGUCUACAGUAUUUACAAUUGUAAAAUACAUCUAUUUAUGUACAUUCAACAGAGCAACAUGUUCAGUAUUAUGUUUUUUAGUUCAUUGCCAUAAUAUAUAUCUAAUUAUGUUGAUAAUAACAAAAUGAGCUUUAUAUCUUUUUUUAUCCUUAAAUAUGCACAUACAGUUUUAUCAUUAUCAAAUUUAGGGGAAAAUAUAUAUGUAUAUAUAUUUAUAUAUGUAUAUAUGUACGUAUGUGUAUAUGUAAUUUCUAAUAUUAUUAUUGCUUUAAAGCACAUUAUUUUACUUUUUUUUGUAUGUAGCUGUUUUAGAUAUAUUUGCAUUAAUAUCUUGUACUCUAUUGGGUCUAAGCAGUUAUGGCAAGAGGCUUCCAAUAGUAGUACAAGAAAAGGAAUGAUAUUUAUAGUUACGUGUCUCUAAAUAUUUUUCAGAUUUUUUUUCAACCUUUUUUUCGUUUAUUUAAGAUGGAAUUAAAAAUAAAUAUUAAUCUUUGAAAUCAACAAUGUACAUCUGAUAGUAUUUCUUUUCUUACUUCGUUAAGCAUAUAUAAGUUCAAUAAGUUAUUUCGGUAAAGAAUAAAUACAUAAUUUAAUAUUAUCGUCUCCUCUCUAAAUUUUUUAUAUUCACAAGAAAGAGAAAGAAAAA